AUGGCUCAAGGCUCCCACGAAAAGCCAUCUCACGACGCUGCCCAUGAGGCAGAAGUUGGCAGAGAGGUUGACGCUCUCCCAGAGACCAAAUGGAAGCAUCCUCUCGAUGCGGAUGAAGCCAUGGUUGCCGUUUCCGCUCUUGGAAAUGUCGAGAUCGAUGAUGCAACGAACAAAAGACUCCUCCAGAGGAUCGACAUGCGACUAAUGCCGUUACUCUGUCUCGUCUACGCGCUGAACUUCCUUGACAAGUCCACCUUGUCUUUCGCAAGCGUCAUGGGAAUGAAAGAAGACAUCAGAUUGAAAGGCGGCAACUAUGAGUGGCUGAGCUCCAUGUUCUACUUCGGCUACCUUGCCUGGGAAUACCCCACGAAUCGCUUGCUACAGAGGCUGCCUCUCGCCAAGUAUUCCGCUUUCUGUAUCGUAGUGUGGGGCGUGGUACUUUGUUGUUUCGCAGUCGUUUCCAACUUCAAGCGAGCCCUGGCCCUGAGAUUCUUUCUGGGUGUAUUCGAGGCUGGAGUGACCCCUGGAUUCGCGUUAUUCACAUCCCAGUGGUAUACCAGAAAGGAGCAGGGCUUCAGAACAGGCAUAUGGUUCAGCUUCAAUGGUAUCGGAAUCAUCGUUGGUAGCCUUCUGGCGUACGGCAUCGCCGAAGGCACAAAAGCACAUGGAACUACAAUAGCUCCGUGGAAGAUACUCUUCGUGAGCACCGGACUAUUCACUAUCGUGAUAGGUGUCGUCUUUUGGUUCGUGAUGCCCGAUUCUCAGCUCAACGCCCGCUGGUUUGGUGACGACGACAAACGGCUCGCGGUCGCGCGAGUUCGAAUCAACGAGCAAGGUAUUGGCAACAAACACUUCAAGUUCUACCAGUUCAAGGAGGCAAUGCUCGAUCCCAUGACUUGA